CAUCAGCCACGAUAAGCGCUUUCCUUGGAUUAAGGGAUGUGCCUCCUGUAUUGUCCUGCGUGAAGAGGCCUAAUAGAUCACCCACGAUUAUGUGCAGUGCUGAGGGAUUUUUCCCCGCUGCUCUUGAACAGCAGUGGAUGAGAGAUGGAGAAAUCAUCAACAGUUCAUACUCGCACAAAGAUGAGAAUUACAGCACAAAUCCAAAUGGAUCAUUCACUCAGAGGUUUUACCAGGAGUUACCAUCACAGAUGUUUGAAACAAUCUUCUCCUGCUGGGUCAACCACUCAUUCCUAAACAAACCGCUCAUGGCCAAUUUAUCCAGCACUGUCUGUUACGAUCAAAGGGAUGUGACUUUGACUGUCAUUGUGGCUUCUGUCGUCUCUGCUGUGCUGUUUGUCUUUGUGAUUAUUGUGGUCGAAUGUAAAUGUCAAAGAAGAGCACAACCACAGUCUUCUGUAGAAGUUAGUGUCACACCUGAGCCUGUUUUCCAGUCUGUCCUCCAAUCUGAUGUAGUUUAUUCAUCGUUGGGCGAUCAUCAUCCAGUCCCAUGCAGCCGCAGCCCUAGUGUCAUCUGGUCACCUCUAAACACAUAAAGGCAUUUUGUUUGAAUCAUGUAUCUCAUCACUUCCCUUAUAAUAUACCUACUUAUUUAAUGUGUAGAUGUAUAAUUGAUCUGUAAAAUAAUUUUAUCCUCUCUUAAAAGUAAGUUGAUGUAGCUGAAAAUGCCAAACAAAAGUCCUGUAUAACUGUAUGACUACACAAAUAGUCAACAAAAAAGUGACCUCAAACUAGCUUACAUUUAUAAUGUAUGUUCAUUUUUCCGUGUUUGUUCAGGAUGGCCUUAUUCAACCCACCUAUAACCUAAAACCCAGUAGCACUGCGUGAAAGUCAUUAUUAGGUAAAUGCAACCUGCAGCAUGCAGUAACUGUGACCUGUUUACUGAAUUCCUUGCUUAUUUCAAAUGCAUUGCUUUGAUGUGUUUUCCUUUAUGUGACCUGAACGUUCUGUGCACCUGCCUCAACACAUCUCUACUACCUCCCACACUUUGUGGUUAAAGUAACCAGAGCUUAUUGCUUCUUCUGUUCGGCUGCCCAAUCAGAUGAAGAUGGCAGUCUCAAAAGCGGUCUCGGGGUAGACAGUCACAAGAAGAUGCAGGUCUGCACGCAGCUUCAAUUUCCAUGCAACUUUAUGUGCGUUUUAGACAUUCUCACACCACUGCAGAGCAUUGCAAGACUGUACCUCAGUCACACUGGUCACACUUCACCUAAACCUCAACACAUUCAGUUUGAGUACAAUAAUCCCUUCACUUUCUAAAAAACAUAAAGAUUCUGAAAGUGAAUAAAUCCAACUAUGAUUUCAAAUGUACUGUAAAAGCACCGAAUUGGGUUUUGUUAUUUUCCACAAUCAGACAAAAUAUUAUUAUACUGUAUGUGUAUAUGUUUUGUGUGUAAAUGUUCAAUGAUUCUGUGCUCUUAGACAGAACUAAUGUCAUUAUAAUAAAAUCUGUCAGCUGCAGACAUACAUUUCUCUUUUGACAAACAUUAAUCUUUCAUGUUUGUAUACUUCACGUAUAUCUUUACUUCCUCUCAUACUGUGUGGUUAUAAAUAACUUAAUUUUAGCUGCCCGUGUACAAAAUGUAUUUUCUGCAAAGUAGGCUAUAUUUAUAUCCAAGAGUUGGAUUGACCCAGACCUUCCUUCUCUACGUUGGGGAAAUGUAGCAUCCGGAAGUUCUACAUCAUCCUGGACCAGAAAGAGUCCCCUGCACGAUCCAGGCCCCUGCUGCAGCCUUGGACAAACUCUUUAAGGCACUCUUUGUCUUUGCUGUGUCUUAUGGUGAGGCCUUGUUAAAUUUCUACACAUUUAUUCAAACAACCGUGCAUGGAAUUGAAGUCCAAGGGGUCAAGAAAACUAAAGUGAGAAUGCAAAACUGAGGUUCAACCUUAUUUCAGAACAUUUAGUGCAAUGGAAGAACUUGUCAUCCUAAUGAUCAUGCAAUGACCCUGUUCUUAAUUCUUCUUGGCCUAAAUCCUAUUUAGGCCUUGUCUAAUACUCACUGAACAUUGUAUUCUUUACUGUAUUAACAGGGUAUAGAUUACUGUUUGAGUUUUUAUUUUAAAAGAUUUUAGUUUGGACCUGUUAAUGAAAUCUCAGUCUGGAAGGUAGUUUUAACUAAAACUUUGUGUGUGUCAUCUUUUUCUACUAUAUCUUGGGUUGAAAACCAUGGAACUGAAUACCUGAAUAAUAAUAUUUUAAUAUUUUAAGCAAAAAUAAUGUUUGCUUUGCUGUUGAAAAUGAAAUGUCUGGUUUCUGUAAGAUGAUCGGUUUUCUUGUAAAGAAUAAGCAAGCAUUUUAUUCAGUGUGGUAACUGCAGUGUAUUUAAGUAUGUAUUGAAGUGGUUACUAUUUUUACCAUUUUCUUUUUUGAGCGUAUGGUAAGAGACCUGAUGGACAAUGUUUAUAUUAUUGUGAUAGGCGAUUGAGAUAUUGUAGUUUUUUUUAUAUGCAGUAAAUUAUGUAUUUGAUUGUGAAUGUUAAGUCUGGUGCACUUCAAUAAAAAGAGGUUU